AUGUUCUUCCCAGAGGGACAGAGGCAGAGUGCCUUGGGGUUUGGGACUGUCACUUCCACUUACAGUCCUGUUGGCCGGUACAUCGAUGCCAUCAGCAACAAGCAGGGCGAGCUAGAGAAUUACGUGUCUGACGGCUACAAGACCGCGCUGACGGAGGAGCGCAGACGCUUCUGCUUCCUGGUGGAGAAGCAGUGCGCUGUGGCCAAGAACUCCGCGGCAUACCACUCCAAGGGCAAGGAGCUGCUGGCACAGAAGCUGCCGCUGUGGCAACAGGCCUGCGCUGACCCCAGCAAGAUCCCAGAGCGCGCCGUGCAACUGAUGCAGCAGGCAGCCAGCAACGGCGCCACCCUCCCCAGCGCCCUGUCGGCCUCCAAGUCCAAUCUGGUCAUUUCGGACCCCAUUCCGGGGGCCAAGCCCCUGCCGGUGCCCCCUGAGCUGGCACCGUUCGUGGGGCGGAUGUCUGCCCAGGACAGCACGCCCAUCAUGAACGGCGUCGCAGGCCCGGAUGGCGAGGACUACAGCCCGUGGGCUGACCGCAAGGCUGCCCAGCCCAAAUCCCUGUCUCCUCCGCAGCCUCAGAGCAAGCUCAGCGACUCCUACUCCAACACGCUCCCCGUGCGCAAGAGCGUGACCCCGAAAAACAGCUACGCCGCCACUGAGAACAAGACUCUGCCUCGCUCGAGCUCCAUGGCAGCCGGCCUGGAGCGCAACGGCCGCAUGCGGGUGAAGGCCAUCUUCUCCCACGCUGCCGGGGACAACAGCACCCUCCUGAGCUUCAAGGAGGGUGACCUCAUUACCCUGCUGGUGCCUGAGGCCCGCGAUGGCUGGCACUACGGAGAGAGUGAGAAGACCAAGAUGCGGGGCUGGUUUCCCUUCUCCUACACCCGGGUCCUGGACAGCGACGGCAGUGACAGGCUGCAUAUGAGCCUGCAGCAAGGGAAGAGCAGCAGCACCGGCAACCUCCUGGACAAGGACGAUCUGGCCAUCCCGCCCCCCGACUACGGCGCCGCCUCCCGGGCCUUCCCCGCCCAGACGACCAGCGGCUUCAAGCAGAGGCCCUACAGUGUGGCUGUGCCCGCCUUCUCCCAGGGCCUGGAUGACUAUGGAGCGCGGUCCAUGAGCAGGUAAGGGGCUUUCAGACCUGUCUUUGGGACCGUGGGUGGGUGUGAAGAGGCUGGGUGGGGCAGGUCCCUCUCCUAGGACCUGGGGCCACCUCUUCUUCCUUUAGGGCCCAGCCUGGCCCUUCACCCCUGCCAGAGCCAGGGCCGUCCCCCAGGGCCUCCUGCUCUCUCCGAGUGACACGGAAACCCCCCUGGGCCCUGCCCCUCUUUCAUCGCAUCUGGCUGGCCCCAUCCAUCCCUGUCAGGCAAAGGCAAGGUUGGGGAGGGUGGCUGAGGCCGGCAUCCGUGGCUGGGGCUGCAGCCUCCUCUGCCCCCAGCCUGCGCUCCACCCCUGUCCUUUGCCUUCCUGGAGGGCCAGGAGGCCAACGGGAGCUGCUGAAAGGGGCGUUGCUUGGUGCGGGCAGACUCGCUGCCUGUGGCUGGGCAGCGUUGUGCAGCCAGGCAGCCGUCCUGUGCUUUGUUUCGCAGUGGCAGCGGCACGCUGGUGUCCACAGUGUGAGGACGCUGACCCCGGGCAGCCGCUGCUCUGAAGAGCUUCCGCGCCUUCCCCCUGGUCUCCGUCCGUUUUCCUCCUCAGCUCUCGCUGGUUUGUUCCUGGGUUUUCUUUUCCACCUGCCCCUGCCUCUUGGUUGGUGACCCCAGACUCUGUGAUCCCCCAGGGUCCAUGGUGCUGCUCCAUCCGCCUCCCCCCCCCAGUGUUUACGCGCCCCACCCUGUGUGUCCCAGCCUUUCGAGCAGAAACUGCCAGGCAGGACCUGCUGGGCCGUGCGGGGCACCCUCGGCCCCACCCUGCAGUGUCUGUGGCACUCACUGCUUUUCUAAGGCUCGCCGUGAGCCAGGUCUAAAGUUUGGAGAAAAAGAAAAAUCUU